AUAGAUCCAUGAACCAAUUGCUCCAUAAACAAAGUGACAUUCUCAUAUUUGCUGUAAAUUGAAAAGAGAGUCGAGAGAGAAAUAGGGAAGGUGCGGUUUCUAUAAGCCACUAAUUUCCAUGGAAGCAUUUGAGAUCCGAAAUUGCAGGAGCAACGCCAUGCAAAAACUAUGGAUACUGAGACCACUCCUCCCCCAAACGGAAAACUUCAUCAUCAUUCGCCCAAAUUCUCGCAUUUGCUUUUCAGUUUCACGGCGCUUUCUUCAAUCGAAUCAUGCACACGUUACUGUCGUCUCUGGACAGUGACAUCAGAUGAGAAGGUCACACACCACAACGGGGAAUUAGAGAUUUAAGAUACACAAAAUGGAUACUCCAGUGAAUAUAAUUGUUGGAUCCGAUGUCUGGGUUGAAGACCCUGCAGUGGCUUGGAUUGAUGGGCAUGUUACCAAAAUCAAAGGCAAUGAAGCUGUGAUCCAGAGGAGUGAUGGGAAGGAGGUCGUUGUCAAGUUAUCAAAACUUUAUCCUAAAGAUACGGAAGCUCCUCCUGCAGGUGUUGAUGACAUGACGAAGCUGUCUUACCUGCAUGAGCCUGGGGUGCUGGACAAUCUGAGAAUUAGAUAUGAACUCAAUGAAAUUUAUACGUACACUGGAAAUAUUUUGAUUGCUAUAAAUCCUUUCCAAAAAUUAAGUCAUUUGUAUAAUUCACACAUGAUGCAACAAUACAAGGGAGCUCCUUUAGGAGAACUAAGCCCUCAUGUCUUUGCAAUUGCUGAUGUAGCAUACAGGGACAUGAUAAAUGAAAAGAAAUGCAACUCUAUCCUGGUUAGUGGUGAAAGUGGAGCGGGUAAAACAGAGACAACAAAAAUGCUUAUGCGGUACCUAGCCUAUUUAGGAGGCCGUGCAGCUACAGAAGGACGCACUGUUGAACAACAAGUCCUUGAAUCGAACCCUGUUCUUGAAGCAUUUGGCAAUGCUAAAACUGUUAGAAAUAACAAUUCCAGUCGUUUUGGUAAAUUUGUGGAGAUUCAGUUUGACAAGCAUGGGAGAAUAUCAGGAGCAGCUAUCAGAACCUACCUUCUUGAAAGAUCUCGUGUUUGCCAAGUUUCUGAUCCUGAGCGUAACUAUCACAUCUUUUACCUCUUAUGUGCAGCACCAAAAGAGGAAAUUGACAAGUACAAAUUAGAUCAUCCUAAAUCAUUUCACUAUCUUAACCAAUCAAAAUGCUAUGAGCUGGUUGGUGUGAGUGAUGCCAAUGAGUACCUUGAGACUAGACGGGCAAUGGAUAUAGUUGGGAUAAGUAAAUCAGAUCAGGAAGCAAUAUUAAGGGUAGUUGCUGCUAUCCUUCACAUUGGUAAUAUUGAAUUUGGAAAGGGAAAAGAAGUCGACUCAUCGAUCCCGAAAGAUGACAAAGCCCAAUUCCAUCUGAAAACAACUGCCGAACUUCUAAAGUGUGAUCCUGUGGCAUUGCAAGAUGCACUUUGUAAACGUGUGAUGAUCACUCCUGAAGAAGUUAUCAAGAGAUGCCUUGACCCUCUUAGUGCUACAUUUAGCAGGGAUGGAUUGGCUAAGACAAUAUAUUCUAGACUGUUUGAUUGGCUGGUGGAUAAGAUCAAUAACUCAAUUGGGCAAGAUAAAAAUUCAAAAACUCUGAUUGGGGUCCUAGAUAUUUAUGGUUUCGAGAGCUUUAAACACAACAGUUUUGAACAGUUCUGCAUCAACUUUACAAACGAGAAGCUGCAGCAACAUUUUAAUCAGCACGUCUUUAAAAUGGAACAAGAAGAAUACACUAAGGAGGAAAUUGAUUGGAGCUACAUUGAGUUUGUCGACAACCAAGAUGUUUUAGAUCUAAUUGAGAAGAAACCUGGUGGCAUUAUUGCUCUGCUUGAUGAAGCUUGUAUGUUCCCAAAAUCAACUCAUGAGACAUUCUGUAAUAAGCUCUAUCAGACUUUCAAAGUUCAUAAGCGCUUCAUCAAGCCAAAAUUAUCCCGUACAGAUUUUACUGUUGGACAUUAUGCUGGAGAGGUUCAAUACCAGUCUGACCAUUUCUUAGACAAAAAUAAAGACUAUGUUGUACCAGAGUAUCAGGAUCUUUUAGGUUCUUCCAAAUGUCCUUUUGUAGCAGGGCUUUUCCCUCCAAUAGCUGAAGAGAGCUCGAAAUCUUCGAAGUUUUCUUCCAUUGGUUCGCGUUUUAAGUUGCAACUACAACAAUUGAUGGAGACUCUAAAUGCUACUGAACCUCACUACAUUAGAUGUGUAAAGCCAAAUAAUCUUCUUAAACCAGCUAUAUUUGAAAAUCAGAACAUCUUGCAGCAGCUACGUUGUGGUGGUGUCUUAGAGGCAAUCAGGAUCAGCUGUGCUGGUUAUCCUACACGCCGUCCUUUUUUUGAAUUCUUGAACAGAUUUGGGCUUCUUGCAACUGAAGCUUUGCAAGGCAGUUAUAACGAAAAAUCGGCAUGCCAGAAGAUUUUGGAAAAGAAAGGGAUCAAAGGUUUUCAGGUGGGCAAAACAAAAAUCUUCCUAAGAGCAGGUCAAAUGGCUGAACUGGAUGCUCGUCGAACAGAAGUUCUUAGUUCUGCAGCAAAAAUUAUACAACAGCGGAGACGAACACAUAUUGCUCGUAAACAGUUUAUGGCUACGAUAGAUGCUUCCAUACAGCUGCAAUCAUUUUGCAGAGGCAGAUUAGCGUCCAAACAUUUCGUGAGAAUAAAAGCAGAAGCAGCUGCUUUAAAAGUUCAACGGAACACACGCAGGUUCAUUGCUAGAAAAGCUUACAGCACACUCCAGAGAUCUGUUCUUGUUAUACAAACAGGUUUACGUAGCAUGGACGCCCAUAAUAAAUUUAGAUUUAUGAGAGGAACUAAAGCUGCGACUAUUAUUCAGGCUCGGUGCCGGAGUCAUAGAGCUUCAUCUUACUAUAAAGAUCUGAAAAGGGGAGCCAUAGUUACACAAUGUCGAUGGAGGGGGAGAGUAGCCAAAAGAGAACUACGGAUGCUUAAAAAGGCUGCAAGGGAUACAGGUGCACUCAAAGAGGCUAAAGAUAAACUAGAAAAACAGUUAGAGGAACUCACGUGGCGGUUGCAGCUCGAAAAACGAUUGAGGGCUGACUUGGAAGAAGCCAAAAAUCAAGAGAUGGCGAAGUUGCGGAGUUCUAUGGAAGAAAUGCAGAAGAAAGUUGAUGAAAUGAGUGCUCUAGUUGUUAAGGAACGGGAGGCUGCCAAAAAGGCAAUUGAAGAAGCACCUCCUGUUAUCCAGGAAACCCCAGUUUAUGUUGAAGAUACUGCAAAAAUUGAAUCUUUAAAUGGAGAAGUUGAAAAUUUAAAGGCUUCUUUGCAAAAUGAACAGGAAACUUCUGAAGAAUUGCGAAAGAAUUAUGCUCUGGCACAGGAAUCUGUUGAGGAGAGGAGUGCAAAAUUAGAGGAGGCAGAAAAGAAAAAUCAACAAUUACAGGAAUCAUUGAAAGGGGUGGAAGAGAAGCUGAAUAAUGUGGAGUCAGAGAAUAAAGUUCUUCGUCAACAGGCUGUAUCAAUGGCGCCAAAUAAAUUUCUCUCCGGACGCUCUAAAUCAAUCAUGCAGAGGUCUGAUAGUAGCAAAGGAUUUGGGGAUGUUAAGCUACAUGUGGAGGUGCACAGCCCCCGUAGCCCAACAUUGUCAACUCCCCGUAGCCCAACAUUUUCAACUCCCCGUAGCCCAACAUUUUCAGAAGCUGAUGACAAACCUCAGAAAUCACUUAAUGAGAAGCAACAGGAAAAUCAGGAGUUGCUCAUUCGCUGUAUAUCUCAGCACUUGGGCUUUUCUGGAAACAGGCCGAUAGCAGCUUGUAUCAUCUACAAGUGCCUUCUACAAUGGAGAUCAUUUGAAGUUGAGCGGACAAGUGUGUUUGACCGUAUCAUCCAGACCAUAGGUCAUGGUAUUGAGAGAAUCCAAGACAACAAUGAUAUGCUGUCUUAUUGGUUAUCAAAUGCUUCGACCCUACUGUUGCUCCUCCAGCGUACCCUGAAAGCAAGUGGUGCAGCUGGAAUGGCUCCUGUACGCCGUCGGUCUUCCUCAGCCACUUUGUUUGGCAGGAUGUCAAUUUCACAAAGCUUCCGAGGAACUCCAGCAGGAGUAAAUCUUCCUGGCCUGCCUGGUGGAGUAGAGAGCUUACGCCAGGUAGAAGCCAAAUACCCUGCCUUGCUGUUCAAGCAGCAACUUACAGCGUUUGUUGAAAAGAUCUAUGGAAUGAUAAGAGAUAAUCUAAAGAAGGAGAUAUCUCCGUUGCUUGGUUUGUGUAUUCAGGCACCAAGAACUUCUAGAGCGAGCUUAGUUAAGGGGUCGUCACGUUCAGUCACGAACACAGCAGCCCAGCAAGCUUUGAUUGCUCACUGGCAGGGAAUAGUGAACAGCCUGGGGAACUUUUUAAACACUUUAAAAGCGAAUCAUGUACCACCUAUGUUAGUCCGCAAGGUGUUCACACAGAUAUUUUCGUUUAUCAAUGUUCAACUAUUCAACAGUCUUCUAUUGAGACGAGAAUGCUGCUCAUUUAGUAAUGGGGAAUAUGUUAAAGCAGGACUGGCUGAAUUAGAUCAGUGGUGUGGCACAGCAACUGAAAAGUAUUCAGGUUUAGCUUGGGAUGAGCUUAAGCAUAUUAGACAGGCUAUUGGAUUUCUGGUUGUACACCAAAAACCGAAGAAAUCAUUGGAUGAGAUAAGUCAUGAACUUUGCCCAGUGCUGAGCAUUCAGCAAUUGUAUCGGAUCAGUACAAUGUACUGGGAUGAUAAGUAUGGCACACACAGCGUAUCUUCAGAAGUUAUAUCCAAUAUGAGACUGUUGAUGACGGAAGAUUCAAAUAAUGCAGUAAGCAAUUCCUUUUUGUUGGAUGAUGAUUCCAGCAUACCUUUCUCAGUAGAUGAGAUAUCGAAGUCAAUGGACCAGAUAGACAUUGCUGACGUCGACCCUCCUCCACUAAUGGGUGAGAACUCGGGCUUCAGCUUUUUGCUACCGCGCAUUUGUGAGUAGGAUGAUAAAUAUAACAUAAAUUCCUGGUCUUCUCACCUCAGUUUAAAGAUGUCUGAAUUCCAAUUAUAGUUGUAAUUUAGAGCAGAACUUGUUUUAGGAUCCCUUUUUGGAGGAAGUUUGGUUUAUUGUAUUCCAUUCCAAACCGGAUUAAAUUAAAAGGUUUGCAAGUAGAAGUUUAACAAUGGCUAUUCAUCCCUCCUAGUAAGAGUUAGUUGAGGGAUAAGCUGGAACUGUUAUGGUUACAGUGAUCAGGUUAUAUCUGAUUUUUUAAGUAUAUUCCUUCAGAA